CGCUUCUCGUAAGCGCAGUGACUAUGGAAUGACCCUUAGUCACGCGCGCUCAUUAAAGCGUGCCCGUGCGUGUGCACAGUGCUGGUCCAAGGAGGAGGAAGAAGUUGUUAAGUGUGUUAUGAAAGGAGUUAACAGUAAACAACGAAAAAGUAUUCAGUAUUAUACCCAGAAAGUGGAAGGAGUCUGACCAGUAUAUUCCGUUGAGUGUAUAUGACAUUGUGUUCUUGACAGACUUGAAAAUGAGAAGCAGGAGUAAUUCAGGAGUGAGAUUGGACAGCUAUGCUCGACUUGUACAGCAAACAAUUCUUUGUCAUCAGGACCCAGUGACAGGAUUGCUUCCUGCAAGCAGCGAGGUGAAGGAUGCUUGGGUUCGUGACAACGUCUAUACCAUACUUGCAGUCUGGGGACUAGGUUUGGCAUAUCGUAAAAAUGCAGACAGAGAUGAAGAUAAAGCAAAAGCCUAUGAGCUGGAGCAGAAUGUGGUGAAGCUGAUGAGAGGUCUGCUACAGUGUAUGAUGAGACAGGUAGAGAAGGUGGAAAACUUUAAGUACAGCCAGAGUACAAAUGAUGCUCUCCAUGCCAAGUACAACACCAAGACGUGUGCCACAGUGGUAGGAGAUGAUCAGUGGGGGCACUUACAAGUAGAUGCUACAUCCCUGUAUCUUCUCUUCCUAGCACAGAUGACUGCAUCAGGUCUUCACAUUAUUUACACACUGGAUGAAGUUAGCCUCGUGCAGAAUCUUGUGUUUUACAUUGAGACAGCUUACAAAACUGCUGACUAUGGCAUGUGGGAACGUGGUGACAAGACCAAUCAAGGAAUAGCUGAGCUGAAUGCAAGUUCCGUGGGCAUGGCAAAGGCAGCGCUUGAAGCCUUAGAUGAACUUGAUCUCUUUGGUGCCAGUGGAGGUCCACAGUCAGUAAUACAUGUCUUAUCUGAUGAAGUACAGCAUUGUCAGUCCAUUCUCCAUUCACUCUUACCAAGGGCUUCGACUUCUAAGGAAAUUGAUGCUGGACUCCUGUCAGUUAUAUCAUACCCGGCAUUCGCUGUGGAGGAUAUUGAAUUGGUUCACAUUACUAAGAAAGAAAUUAUCUCAAAAUUACAGGGUCGGUAUGGCUGCUGUCGUUUCCUUCGAGAUGGUCAUAAAACUCCAAGAGAGGAUCCAACACGACUGUAUUAUGAACCAGCAGAGCUAAAGCUGUUUGAGAAUAUUGAGUGUGAAUGGCCCCUUUUCUGGACUUACUUUAUCCUAGAUGGAUUGUUUAGUAACCGCUAUGAGCAGGUUCAGGAGUACAGGGAAGCCCUUGACGGAAUUCUCAUAAAAGGAAAAAAUGGAAUCCGGUUGAUGCCAGAAAUUUAUAGCGUGCCAGCAGACAAGGUGGAUGAAGAAUACAGGAACCCCCACACUGUUGAUAGAAUCCCAUUGGGCAAAUUGCCGCAUAUGUGGGGACAGUCCUUGUAUAUCCUGGGAUGCUUGUUGGCAGAGGGUUUUUUGGCACCUGGUGAAAUUGACCCUCUAAACCGAAGGUUUUCAACAGUUGCAAAGCCGGAUGUAGUUGUUCAAGUUUCCAUUUUGGCUGAAACAGAGGAAAUAAAAGAAAUUUUAAGGAACCAUGAUAUCCAUGUAGAUACAGUGGCCGAUGUAUAUCCAAUACGAGUACAGCCUGCUCGAAUUCUGAGUCACAUCUAUGCAAGGUUGGGUCGUCACAGCAAACUAGGUCUGAGUGGCCGUCCUUAUCGACACAUGGGAGUUCUUGGUACCUCAAAACUGUAUACCAUCAGAAAUCACAUAUUUACUUUUACUCCUCAGUUCAUAGACCAGCAGCAGUUCUACCUGGCACUUGACAAUAAAAUGAUUGUGGAAAUGCUCCGCACUGACCUUUCCUACCUCUGUGGACGCUGGAGAAUGACUGGUCGUCCAACUGUGACAUUCCCUGUCUCGCGAACUAUGCUAACGGAAGAUGAAACAAGUGUGGAUCCUGCAGUUCUUUCAACGCUACGAAAAUUACAGGAUGGUUAUUUUGGUGGUGCUAGAGUUCAGACAGGUAGGUUGUCGGAGUUUCUCACAACUUCCUGCCGGACACACCUGAGCUUCAUGGAUCCAAGACCCGAUGGUAAGCUUUUAGAUGAUUUUGAAGACAUCAGUGUCCAUCACAACUAUGAGUCCAGCUCUGAGGAUUCUGUGCAUGGCUUACACUCCCUAGAUGAUGUUGAUGCCAGUGAUGAACUGACACAGUAUUUAGAUCAUCUACUGGAGAGAACAACACCCAAAGCUAACUUGCCUCCAUCUUCUAAGAAAGGGGGUCUAAGUCGUUUCCGGGCUGCAGUCCAAACUACGCAGGAUCUCAUUUCUCUAGAGUCCCAGGCAAAAGGACUCAAUGUACAAAAUGUUCAGCUAUAUCUCCCCACAAAAGUAUUUUGGAGUCCUCAGCCUUCCCUUAAUUUACUGGAGUCUUCACAUAGUCCACUUCACGAAAACAAGAGUUCAGCCUUUAAUCACCUAGACCUACCCAAGGAUGCUUUUGGGAAUAUAGACUUCGAUGCUUUAGUGCAACAGCUGAAACAGUGUCCGUCUUUACAAGACCAGGCAGAUAUUUUAUAUCUUCUGUAUAACAUGAAGGGUCCUGACUGGGACACACAACUCUAUGACCAGCCAGGUACAACAGUAAGAGACAUUCUUAUAGAACUGUACAGCAAGGCUGGUUCCACCCAUCAGUGGAGUCUGAUUCGUAGCAUUUCAGGCAUGCUGAAGAAAAAAGUUGAAGCUCUUGAUGAGGCUUGUACAGAUCUUUUGUCUCACCAGAAACAUUUAACAGUUGGGUUACCUCCUGAGCCACGUGAAAAAACAAUAUCUGCGCCUCUACCUCUUGAUGAGCUCACAAAAUUGAUUGAUGAAGCCAGUGGACAGACUAUCAGCAUAGCAGUUCUUACUCAGGAAAUAAUGGUAUAUCUGGCAAUGUAUAUGAGAACACAACCUUCCCUGUUUUCUGAAAUGUUUCGUCUAAGAAUUGGAUUAAUAAUUCAAGUUAUGGCAACAGAGCUGGCUCAAUCUCUUAAUUGUUCAGGGGAAGAAGCAACUGAGAGCUUAAUGAACCUGAGUCCUUCAGAUAUGAAGAACCUUCUCCAUCAUAUCCUCAGUGGCAAGGAGUUUGCGGUGGAGAGAAGCACACGUUCCAUAGACUCUGCUCUUAGCCCUGCUAUUUCUAUCCGGGAGACUGGUGCAGUUGGAGCUACAAAGAGUGAGCGUGCAGGAAUCAGCAAGCUGAAGAAUGAGAUGAAGCAGUUAAAACAACGUAGGCUAUCACUUCAAGCUGAAGUUCAGCACGACAAAUACAAACUUUCUGUCCCAUCUGAGUAUCAGUUUCAGAAACGUAGGUCAUCCUCACCAUUUGAACAGCAGUCGGAUCAGUCCAUCAGCUUCCAGACCAUCGACGGGGACAUAAGUCUUACACCAACUACAUCUCUGCUUUCAAGUCCCACUUCAUCAUCUCCAGAAUUCUUUCCUAACACUCCCUUCAGAGAUCAACCAGUGAAAGAUAGUCGUCAGGGACAGUGGGUCCGGAGAAGGCGGCUGGAUGGUGCAUUAAAUAGGGUUCCUGUUGGAUUCUAUCAAAAAGUCUGGAAGAUUUUACAAAAGUGCCAUGGGCUGUCAAUUGAAGGCUUUGUCCUUCCAUCUUCAACAACAAGAGAGAUGACUCCUGGUGAGAUAAAGUUUUCUGUUCAUGUUGAAUCUGUUUUGAACCGUGUUCCUCAGCCUGAAUACAGACAACUCCUAGUUGAAGCUAUUCUGGUACUUACCAUGUUGGCAGAUAUUGAAAUUCACUCUAUUGGUGGGAUCAUUCAUGUGGAAAGGAUUGUUCACACGGCAAAUGAUUUAUUUGUUCAAGACCAGAAAGCACUGGGUGCAGAUGGUGAUAUACUGGACAAAGACCCCACUAAUGGAAUCUGCAAACUGUUCUAUGACAGUGCACCUAGUGGACGUUUUGGAACUAUGACCUACCUCUCCAAAGCUGUUGCUAUCAAUGUACAAGAGUUUCUUCCCAGCAGUGGAUGUUCAAUGCAGUAGUUUACAUAAAAGUCAGUGGUGUACUGCUACUGAGAUGUGUUUCUGAAGUGAGAUGCCUGAGAGUGCCUCCCUCUGUAUUGGGUACUUAGUGCUAUUGAAUUUACACUUCUGAUGCAUAUUACCUCAGGGUCUGAGGUUUGCUGGUUUAAGUGCCUUCUGCUUGGGAAGAAAAAGGUGUUACUUUUAAGAUCAGCCUACAACAGUGUUAAAAUGUAGCAUGGUGUUUUUAUUUAGGAGACUGAAGUUGCUUGAAGAAGAUACUGCUUAGUGCAUGAACCAUUGUUGUUAUGUGCUAAUGUAAAUGGUCUAUGAAUUCUGUCCACAGUGUGGAGAUGAUGUGUAUAAAGAAAGACGGCAUGAAUCAGUUGCUACUAUAAAGUCUUAUAAACUUUGAAGCCAGGAUUAUGUUCCUAGCUGUGCUGCUAAGUCAUUGACUACAACAAAAAAAUAAAUAAUAAAAUGUG